AUGAGCCUUGAUUUGGCCACCAUGUGCGGAUGGCUCUAUGCCAUCGCGUGGAGUAUAUCGUUCUACCCGACGAUAAUGCUCAACUUGAAGAUUAAGAGCGCAGACUCUAUUUCUUUUGACUUUGCCGUGUUGAAUCUGCUUGGCUACUCGUGCUACACGGCGUCAAUCUACCUCCAGAUCUACAAUCCCGAGGUUCGCAGGCAAUUUGCAAAAACUUUUGAUGGCAACCUUCCGCUUCUCUCGGGGAUCGAUCUCGCGUACUCGGCUCACGGUCUGCUGCUGACGUUUGUUCUUUUAUCACAGAUCAUCCUGGGGAACAAAUGGUGGGGCUUCAAGAACUCCAGAACGGUGUUCAAGUUCAGCAGACUCGUGAGAACAUUCUACAUCGCCUUUAUGGGCUUCCUUCUGUUUAAUAUCUACUACAUGAGCAGACCAUUCCAGCUACUCACGUUUACAUUACAUUUGUCAUAUUGCAAGAUCCUCGUGAGUUGCACGAAAUACAUCCCGCAAGUGAUCCAUAAUUCCAAUCGCAAGUCGAUGUUUGGCAUUUCCAAGCUGCAAAUCCUGCUUGAUCUGUUAGGGUGUCUGUGCUCUGUUUCGGAGCUGCUCUUGCGGAACACAACAACGUUGACCAAACUGGUGGACGCGAACAGAAGCAAACUCGGGAUCAUUCUGGUGACCAUGGUGUUUGACCUGGUGUUCCUGAUCCAGUUUCGUCUUUACGAGUCUCCUCGCAAACAAACUGUUGCCAAGUCGGAGAAGGUGCCUGUUUAA